UUCCUGAAACAGAGUUAGCUAAAACUGUUCGCUGGUGUAUCAACUAAACUAAAAGAGCUGAUUUUUUUUCCCACCUCAGCAGCUCCUCAGUUUAUCUGUUCAGAAAAUAGAUAUUCUGCAGCUUUCCGACACCAGAAAACAAGUUAUUUCAGUCGUGCCCCCGUAGAUUUAUCGUAAAACACGGACAACAACUUACCGACAGGAGCAGAUUUUACUUCUGAGGUCAUUUCUUCGACUAAACAACCAGCAGAAUGUCAGAGGUGACAGCCAGUACGUCAAGCUACAUUUGGACUUUGCAGGAUGUCCUCGGGCAAGGAGCUACAGCCAGUGUCUUCAAGGCUCGCAACAAGAGGACGGGUGAGCUUGUAGCUGUGAAGGUUUUUAACGCAGUGAGCUACAACCGCCCCUAUGAGGUCCAGAUGAGAGAGUUUGAGAUGCUCCGGAAACUCAGUCACAGCAACAUUGUUAAACUGUACGCCGUAGAAGAGCUUCUUUCUAAACAGAAAGUGCUGGUGAUGGAAUAUUGUUCAGGAGGCAACUUGCUCAGCUUACUGGAGGAACCAGAAAAUGCUUUUGGCUUGCCUGAAAAAGAGUUCUUUACACUUCUGCAGUGUGUAGUGCAGGGAAUGAACCACCUGCGUGAAAAUGGAGUGGUACACCGUGACAUUAAGCCAGGAAAUAUCAUGCGUCAGGUUGGAGAUGACGGCAAAUCUGUUUAUAAACUGACGGAUUUUGGAGCAGCAAGAGAGCUGGAGGAUGAUGAGAAGUUUAUAUCUAUUUAUGGAACUGAAGAGUAUCUGCAUCCAGACAUGUAUGAACGUGCAGUGCUGCGUAAGCCCCACCAGAAGACUUACGGCGUGAGUGUAGACCUGUGGAGUAUUGGUGUCACAUUUUACCAUGCAGCCACCGGCAGCCUUCCAUUCACACCAUACGGGGGACCCCGAAAGAACAAAACCACUAUGUACAAAAUAACUGCAGAGAAACCCAUGGGAGCAAUCGCAGGAAUACAAAAGACAGAAGAUGGACCUAUUGAGUGGAGCUACCACCUACCCCAUAGCUGCCAACUGUCACAGGGUCUAAAGCUGCAUUUGGUUCCAGUGCUUGCAGGCAUACUGGAGGCUGACCAGGAUAGAUGCUGGGGAUUUGACCAGUUUUUCACAGCGACCACAGACAUACUGCAGCGGGAACCGGUUCAUGUGUUCUCUUUGCAACAGGCGGUGGUGCACUCUGUCUACAUCCACCACUACAGCACGGUUUCUGUCUUCUUUGAAGAUGUCAUGUCUCAGACUGGUAUCGGAGUAGAGCAGCAACAUUUACUGUACCUGGGUCAUGAUCUUCUCCUGGAGGGAAACAUGAAGGUGGCUAACCUGCCUCCUACGUCACCUUCCCAGCCUCUAAUCCUGCUCAGCUAUGGGACUGAAACAAACUCUAGCCUGCCCUUCAGAGAACCAGAGACACCUCCCAUCCCAUCCAGGUUUGACAUUAUGGCAGACUAUAACUUUUCUAAGGUCAUAGUUGGAGUGGUCCAUCAGUAUCUGAGGACAGUGCAGUUAAUGUACAGACAUCGAGAGCUGCUACUGCAAGGAUACUACAGCUACAUGAUGAAAUUGCAAAAGGAGUGUGGAGAAGCCAAUUACAGUAUUUCAAAGAUCAUCAUUAGGCUGCAGUCGUGCCUCACCUUAGAGCACAGGCUUCACACACUAUGUCAUUCCACUUCCGAAAACUCAAGUUCAGUUGAUAUCACUCAAAAGCUGCACUCGGUCCGUGAGCACCUGCCUAUAUACGCUGCUGGCAUCCAGGAGUUUCAGAACCGACUGGAGCUUCUGCAAAUAGAACAGGCCAAACUAGCAGAGAUUCUGGCCAGUGACAAGAGCUGUCAGAAGAUGGCUGUGUUGCUGCAAAAGAUAACAACCAUUCAUCAGCAUUAUCGUAAAGACAGACUCACUGGGAAACUAAUGUACAACGAUGAACAAAUCCACAAGUUUGAGAAAAUCCACCUGUCAUCCCAUAUUAAGCGAGUGAAAUCUCUGUUCAGAGAGGACUGCAUGCAGAGAUAUAAAGAGCUUCUGGCCUCCACAAGAACAUGGAGCAGUCUUUUGUUGGAGAUGCAGACCCGACUGGAGGAUUUCAGUUCUUUCUCUGUCGGCUUGUUGGCAGACCUGGAAAUAAGCGAGCAGUGCCAGAAUAAGGAUUUGGAUAGAAUCUUGAUCAGUCUGCAGUCCAGGAACGCAGGUCAGCAGCCUCUAACCACACCCAGAGACAAGGACCAAAUGGUCUCCAGGAUGCAUCAUCUAAAGGAGGAGAUGGAGAUUUUGGUCAGAGAACUUCAGUGUAACAACAGUGUUAUAGAAAGAUGGGGUGCACUGAACUCUGCAGUAUCUCUGGAUCCCAGUUUGACCAGACCAUCAACACUUAGAAAAGUGUAACAUCUUUGGUUCUUCAUUGACAAAUUUGCACAUUUUGGGCAUGUGCAUGCUCAAAGACAUUCACAGUGCUACUGACCUGGGGCCUUAUUUAUAAACAGGGUGCACACACAAAAACUAUGCAUACACCUUUUUCUGCAUGUGAACUGGAAUCUAUAGCAGGAGAAUAUGUGGUGGGAAUGUGCAUGCACACCUCAUUUGUCCAUCCAUCCAUUUUCUACACCUCCUUACCCCAAUUAAGAGUCACAGGGGCCUGGACCCUAACCCAGCAGUUAUAGAGCGUGAGGCGGGAUACACCCUGGAUAGGACGCCGGUCUGUCACAGGGGCACAUACAGACAAACAAACACAUUCACACUCACCCGCACUGCUGUGGUCAAUUUGAAGUUUCCACUCCACCUAACCUGCAUGUCUUUAGAUGUGGUAGGAAGCCUGAACACCCAGAGGGAACCCAUGCAGACAUGGGGAGAACAUGCAAACUCCACACAGAAAAGCAGGAAGUGAUCCCACAGCCUUCUUGCUGUGAGGCACCAGUGCUAACCACUAAGUCACCGUGCCUCCUACCUAAAGAAUUAGACAAAGUGUGGCCACAUUUGUUUAGAACAAGCCCUCUGAUAUGGUAAAGUAGAAAUGAAAAAUAAGAUGACAGAAUGCAAAGCAGCCAGUGCCACAGACAUUACCUUUCUUAUCAUGAUUAGAUGUAUUUAGUUAGCAUCUAACUAAAAGUGCAUUUUAGCAGCAAAUCAUGUCAUCAUGUCUUUUAUUAAUAUAACUAACAUUAGAGUAUACAGUGUAAUAUAAAAGUAGAUAUAUACAUAUGCACAUGGAAAGCUGCUCAUGCAGAAUGCUGAAUAUUUUGUGUAUUCAGCAGCAAUGUAGCGGCCAAGUGCUUUGUGUGUUUGCUUCCAAAGCAGAAAGUUCCUGAUUCAAGACCAUCCAUACGCAUCCUCCAUGUGAUGUGGAGUUGCUUCAGGAAGGAAAUCUGGUGUAAAACGUAUGCCAAAUCAACAAGCAGAUCUUAUCGAAUCAGCUGUGGUGACCCUGAGAGGGGAAAAGGGAGAAGACAAAAGAACUUACUUCAACAGAGGACGAAGCUGUUCCAUUACCUACCAAUAACAUAUUAUUUAUUUUCGUCCAUCACACCCUUUGUCACUACAAUAACUCAACACUUCCAGGUGUAGCUUUCAUAUUGGAUGCACAUGUUCUUCUAAUCGAAAUCUUGGCUGAGUUUGCACGUAAGCAGUGUGGCACCCUGGUGACCUAUUUAAAAAUAGGUCAUGGUCAAAACCUUGCCAUUGCUUGUUAAUACUGUAUAUUUAUUUGGUAGAUGUGACUGCUAUAAAUGUCAUGCAUGAGUUGAUGAGCAUGCUAACUUUUUCUAGUCAGUGGCUUUUCUUUUGUUUGUGAUUCUGCAAGAGACCUCCACCUCUCCAGUGACUGUCUCAAAUUCACUGAAAUACUGCUUGUCCUGCUCUCCUUUGUUUAUUUUUGUUUUGGGUUUUUUUUUGGGGGGGGGGGGGGGGGUUACUGUUCUCUGUGAGCUGUGUGAGGAAAUGGCUCUGGCUUUACAGCAACCUUGGAAGAGAAGACAUAAGUUCUAAGGAGGUCCUCAGACCUGUUGGUUCUUGUGCACAGCUCUGGAUUCCAUAGUGUCAAGCAGAUGAGAGUCUACCACUCCCCCUUGAUGGUACGCCAGCCUGACACAGGUUACUUCCACAGGCCAGUACCCAUUUACAGCUGAGUGGACUGAGAUAGUGUACAGUAGAUUGAGAGUUUGUCCAAGGACAUAGACUGUUAUUUGAGCCUAGGUCUAUACAUGUUGUCAGGCCAGCUCCUUAUUCACACAGCCCCCUGCUCUCUACAGCACCAGAGAGACAGGUUUUAUUGCAAAUGCUGACUUGAGGGAAUGUUUACAUCCACUCAUGGCUGAAGAUUGGAGUGGACAACAGAUUGUACAGUGUCCCUAGUAGAUUUAUAAAGGAGAAUCGUAUGUACACAUGGAUUUACAAUGCUGGUGAAAAGAAUGCAGAUGCACCGUUCAGCCUUUGUGAAUACACAGUUUGAGUGGUAAAUCUGCACUGAGUUUUAUGCAUGAUGCCCCUGCUGUCUGCAGGACAACUGUAUAUAUCUUGAGAACCACUUCAGUUUAACUGCUGUACACUAGCAGUUUUUAGAUAAUUAUUGGAUCUUCUUUGAAGAACUCCUGUCUUAUUCUGCUGUGUGUGUGGAGAAAGCCGCUGAAGAUGAUAAACAGAAUGCGAGUCAUAAUUUAGAGAUAAGAUGCAUAGAAUGGGGGAGAAGGAAAUGCAGUUGAGUGUUUAGUUGGUUUGUCAGUGCCUGCAUGUACCUCUUUGUCUGGACUGGCAGUUCAAUACAAACUUCAUUCAUGCUUUUGGCAUUAUUGUACCAUUAUGAUAAAGUAAAAUUAAUGUCAAGUCAA